AUGGUCAGCACAAUAAACGAUAACCCGUUCUCCCUGGAAGCGAUGUACCAACCCUACGAAUUCUUCGCGCGGCUGCGCGAGUGGGAGCCGGUGCACUACAACGAGCAGUACGAAGUCUGGAUGGUCACGGACUGGGAGCACUUGGUGUGGGUGACCCGGCAUCCGGAAGUCUUCUCCUCCAGCGUGUUCGCUCGGGACACGCGUCCACCGAACCCGCCGAUCGAUGAAGACGACAUGGAGAUCUACAACUACAUCAGAAAGUGGCAGGUUUCCCGGUUCAUCCAGCAGGACCAGCGACGAUACAACUCCGAAGUGAGCGGGCCCGACCACGUGGACAUGCGGCGCGUGAUGCACGGGUACUUCACGCCGAAGUCAAUGGAGAUGUGGCGACCGCUGGUGCAGUCGGCGAUCGAUGAGCUGCUGGACGUGGUGGAAGAGAAGGGACGGAUGGACGUGAUGGCCGAUCUGGCCACUCCGCUUCCGCUGCUGGUGAUCGCCAGGAUGCUGGGAAUACCGGACAGCGACCGGCCGAUCAUGCGUAGGCUGGCAAAGGACCUACGGCACCUGAACCGGACGGGUCCCGACCGGAUGGGCCCGCUUUCGCAAUCAGUACAGAACCUGCAGGACUACCUCGGGCCAUUGGUUGCGGACCGGGUCGCCAGCCCGAAAGACGACCUGAUUUCCGUGGUGGCCGAGGGCGAGCGUCGAGGGAUCUUCGAUCGCGACCAGGUCAUCAACAACGUGAUGCUGCUGCUCUCGGCAGGGCACGAGACAACGAUCAAUUUGAUCUGCAACGGGACGCUGGCGUUCACGCAGCAUCCGGACCAGUGGGCGAACCUGAGAUCGGACCCGGAGGGCAAGACGGUACGCGCCAACGAGGAGGCCCUGCGGUACGACUCGCCCGUGAAGUCCAUCCAGCGGAUCGCGAUGGAGGACAUCGAGCUGGGCGGCCAACAGAUCAGGAAGGACGACCGGGUGAGGUGGUUCAUCUCGGGUGCGAACCGGGAUCCCAAGGUGUUCGACCGGGCGGACGACUUCGACGUCGAACGGUAUCCCAACAUGCACGUGGCCUUCGGCAGCGGCGUCCACCACUGCCUGGGCGCGACGCUGGCCCGGCUGGAGGGACAGGAGAUCUUCCGCAACCUUGCCAACCGGUUCAAGAGCAUUGAGCUGGAGAUCCCGGCGGAACAGGUCGAGUACGAUCAGUUGAUCGGCCUGCGGGCGGUGGAGAGCCUACCGGUCGCGGUGACCAGCGCGCGCUAG